AUGCAACAGGUGACAACCUCGCAAAUAAAUUAUAAUUUCCAACAUUCAACGGAUGUGAUACCUCAUUACAACGGAGAGCACAUAAAUUUGGAUGUCGGCAAUGAUCAACUUUGUCAAAAUAUGUCAUCAAUUACAGUCGGUGAAAAGAAUACAAGAAGGAAUGAUGCACAUUGGUGUUCUCCAUAUAAUCAUUACACCGAUAAUUCAUGUUAUUUGUAUGCCAAUUCAGCAGAACAGCAACUGAUAGCAUGUGACAGCUGUGCACAAAAAUGUGAAGUGUCUCAUGUAAAUGAUUUGAGAAACAGUGGAUGUUGGGAUGGCUAUGAAUACUAUGGCUUGAAUAAUAAUAUUGAAGUGGUGCAGCCUACUUUAUUCUAUUUGUUGAAUUCAGGUUAUAUUGCAAAUUUCGGCAAGGAUGAAAAAGGCAGUCGAUUUGUGCAGGAAGAAUUUGUAAAAAGUCCAUCAUCGGUUCGUCAAAUGAUGUUUGAUUACCUUUUCGAAAAAGGUGGAUUCGACUGGUUUUGUAAUGACCCUCAUGGAAACUUCAUCAUUCAGAAAAUCGCAAUGGAAGCGUUUCCUGGUAUUGAGCAAGCAAGAGUUGCCGAACAUGUAGCAAGUAAAGUAGUCAAGAUGUGUUCGAGUCGAUAUGGAAGUCGGAUUAUGCAGCGUAUUUUUGAAAGAUUCGACUUUGGUUAUAGAGUUGAAUUACUGAGCAAACUUGAUGGUUCUGAAUGUUUUUUGGCAGUUGACAGUUGUGCUACCCACGUUAUGCAGAAAUUGUUUGCACUUUUCCCACCAACAAAGUACAGUUUCAUUGUAAUUGCACUCACAUUAUCUAAGGAGAAUUUUAAGCAAGUUGUUCAAAACAAAUAUGGAUGCCGUGUUAUACAGUCUGCUCUAGAAGAGCUUGAAUUAGCUUCAUGUACCGCGCGUUUCACGAAUACUCCAAAUGAAUUCAAGACAGCGCGGCGACUUUUAAACAAAGUGUUGCGACGACUAACCGAAAACUGUGUCGAGUUCACUGACCAUCAGUUUGCUAAUUAUGCUAUGCAACACGUUAUUACUUCCGAUUUUCAUCCUGAAGCUCGAGAAUACAUUAUAAAACAUGCCAUACUCAGUAAUGUGCUUACAUUAUCACAAGAGAAAUUUGCAUCUCACGUCGUCGAAAAGUCAUUGAAACAUGCUUCACCAAGACUACUACAGUGCCUGAUGAGUGAAAUCUUCGAUGGUUACAUUAAAGAUGAUAAAGGGCGUGAUGCGCUUGAUAUCAUGCUAUUCGAUCAAUAUGGGAAUUAUGUUGUUCAAACAAUGAUUAAUGUUUCAAUAGACGUACACGAUGGUAGACGCGAAGGUGAUGCGAUAUGGUUGUCACGUCUCUCUGAAAGAGUCUCUCGACAUGAAUCUAGACUUCUCAGAUAUUCAUCUGGCAAAAAAAUAGUCGAAAAGAUGAAACAGUCUUCUAGUCCAUUCAGCGGUACAUCAGAAGCUAGCAGCACCGCAUAUAAUCUUGAGGAGUCGCAUGUUAUGAGUUUUAUCAAUGAAGCAUUUUAG